UUUAUUUAUUGACGUGCUUUACUAGAAUUGUGAUAAGAAUUAUUUACGCUUAACGGUCCUUUUGCCUGCCCUAUUUUGUAAGACUUAUAAUUUAACUGUAUAAUGUUAUUCUAGCGAUCUAUUUUUUUCCCCUAUGAUGAUGGAAGAAACCACUAACCACGAAAUAAUUUUACACUGGUAUUACCAAAUUAUCGAAGUGUCACAGAUGUCAGCAUCUGUCAGUCCAUAAUUAUUAUUACUAUAACAGCUUGACUAAUGGCCAAGCCUAUUUUUCUGAUUUAAUUGUUUUUAGAGAGGAUAUUUGUCAUUUUACCAUUUUGAAAAAUACCUUAUCAAACAUGGUUGUCAAAAUUUAUAUCAGUGGCAUUUCUGGCAACAAGGAGGUGAAGAAACGUCAGCAGCGGGUCCUGAUGAUUUUAGACUCAAAAAAUAUAAAAUAUGAAGUCAUCGACAUAACGGAACCAGGGAGAGAGUCCGAUAAAGAUUUCAUGCAAAACAAUGCUAAAUCUUCUGGUGGCACCGUCAGUGACCCGAACCCGCGUUCACCACUGCCGCCGCAGAUGUUUAACGAUGAAGAAUAUUGUGGGGAUUAUGAUCAGUUUGAUUUAGCCAAUGAAGUUGAUACUCUUGAGCAGUUUCUAAAGUUGGAGGCACCUCCAGAAGAACCACCUCAAGAAACAGAAAAGGAAAGUACCUUAAAUGGUGAUCUUGAUGGAGAAAUAGCUGAAGAAACCUCCCAAGAAACAGAAACUACAGCGGAAAAAGCAGAAAAUGAUGAAGCAGACACCAUUGAAACAUCUGAAAAAGUAAAGGAGACUAGUCCUGUUAAAGAAAACUCACCAAUUAAAGAAAUUGAAGAAACUACAAAAGAAGCUACACCUGUUCCUGUAGAUAAUGAAGUGCAGGAAGAUGUUGCUAAACAAGGUUCACCCGAGAAGGAAGCCUCACCAGAUCUACAAAAUUUGGUUGGAGAUGAAGCAAAAGAAAAAUCUCCAGUAAAAGAGACUGACGAUGAGCCAAAAGAGAUAUCAAAAGAAAGUUCUCCAGAAAAAGAGGGACCAGUGAAUGAAAAUGGCACCGUGAGCUCGCGUGAACAGUCUGAAGGGAAGGAUGUUGAAGUGACUGAAGCAAUAGAUAAAACAAUAGACAAUCCCUCAGACCUACUGAUCGAAAGUGAGCAGGCUGCAUCUGCUGAAUAAUGGACUGAUCACACCCUUGCUUCUCAGCUCAAAUAUAGCCCCUCUAGCACUAAGCCAGCACUAUAAUAAUAAUAUGCUAAGAACUAUUGUUUCAAUUAUGUCAGUCAUUUAUUUGGCAUGAUUAGUCAUUGUAUAUAAUGAGAAGAUUGUUGAAGUCAGAUAAUGUGCCUAAGUAUAUUUUUUUUUUAAAUAAUGAAAUGGCCUAUUGUCAUUAGAUUUAAUACAAAUUAAUAUUUUCUUUUUUAUUAUUUUACAUAUUAUGAUUUUAUUUAACAAUUAUCCUAAAUGAAAGGCUUGUAUUAUUUAAAGUAUUAACUUUUUUAUUCUUUUUAUUUUAAUUAUUAUUGUUUUCAAUUUACAUGAAUUUUAAAUCAUUCGAAUUUGUGAACUCUUUUUGAAUGGUUAAGAUUUUGGUGCUUUUUUAAGCAUGAAAAAUGUGCAUUGAAUGUCUAAAAUGAAUAAUCAUUCUGAUUUUUGUGCAAAUUACAUCACUAAUUUUAUUAUUCAUCAUGAAUAGAUCUUGUAUUUAAGAAAUGUAUUGCUUAAUGUUGCAAUUAGUCUUGAGACAAAUUUAUCAAGAUAACUUUAUUUAUAUUCAUUAAAGACAGUUUUUUAUCAUUUUUUUUCACAUAAAUUAUAUACAAAA